CAAGAGUUGUUGUUUUGCAUUCUGUUCAACCUGCCGUCUGAUUUCUCCUAUCAUUCAGAUGAAAGAUGGCAAGCUACAAUGGAAGCAUAAGCUCAUACUUUCUCAUAUCUUUACUGGUUGCUUCUUGGAGAAUCUACGAUGGUGGGAAAAUUCUGGUAUUUCCCUUAGAAGGUAGUCACUGGGUGAACAUGGACAUUCUGAUCAAGGCUCUUCACUCUCAGGGACACACCAUCACCGUAGUACGGACAACUCAAAGUUGGUAUAUUAAAGAAGAGUCUCUACAUUACAGUUCUAUUACAAUACCUGUCAUUGAUGGUGUGGAAUUUGAGGAAUUUGUAAAGCCAAUCGUAAAGAAAGUAAUUGAUAUAGAGAGAGGAACAAGCUCUGUAUUAAACUUUAUACAUUUGCAAAUCGAGAUGUUCUCUGCAAUGUCUAAGGUUCAUGGACUGGAAUGUGACAUGGCAACUGCUGUAUUGGAAGACAAGGAUUUAAUGAAGACCCUGGAGGAGAACCAGUAUGACCUGGUGCUUACUGACCCAGCAUGGGGGACCGGUAUUUUGGUGGCUCAUUAUCUUCAGCUACCUCUAGUCUACAAUGUACGGUGGAUAACCAGUGGAGAGGGACAUUUAGCCAUUGCGCCAUCCCCCAUGUCUUAUAUUCCAAUGACUGGAUCAGGGCUCUCACACAAAAUGACCUUCACAGAGAGAGUAAAGAAUAUGAUUUUCUAUUUGCUUUGGGAAGUUCAGUACAGACUUGUAAUCCAGCCACAUUACCAGGCUGUUUGUGAUGUGUUUUUCCAACCAGGUGUGGACUUCUAUGAGUUAUUACAGGGGGCUGAUCUAUGGCUCAUGAGAGUUGACUUUGUGUUUGAGUUCCCUCGUCCCACCAUGCCUAAUGUUAUCUAUAUGGCAGGGUUCCAAUGUAAACCUGCAAAGCCUCUUCCCCAAGAACUAGAGGAGUUUGUUCAGAGUUCUGGGAAUUAUGGAGUCAUUAUCAUGUCUUUGGGGACUUUUGUGUCUGAGUUUCCACAUGAUAUAGCUGAUGUGAUAGCUGCUGCUUUUGCCCAACUACCUCAGAAGGUAAUCUGGAGACACAAAGGAGACAGGCCAGCUACUCUGGGCAACAAUACCUUACUAGUUGACUGGAUGCCGCAAAAUGAUCUGUUAGGACAUCCAAUGACGAGGCUGUUUGUAGCUCAUGGAGGAACAAAUGGGGUUCAAGAGGCUAUUUACCAUGGAAUUCCUGUUGUGGGUCUACCUCUGUUUUUUGAUCAAUAUGACAACCUCCUUCGUCUGAAAAAAAGAGGAGGAGCGAAGCUUUUAUCCAUGGCAACAGUAGACAAGAACUAUAACUUCCUGGAGGCCUUGCAGGAAGUUCUGGAUGAGCCAUCCUACAGGACGAACAUGCAGAGACUCUCCAGGCUACACAGGGACGUGCCAAUGGAGCCCCUGGACACUGCCCUCUUCUGGAUUGAGUUUGUCAUGAGACACAAAGGUGCUGCUCACCUGCGUACAGAGUCCUACAGAAUGCCUUGGUACUCCUACCACUCUGUAGAUGUUGUCCUGAUAUUGUUGGCUGUUGUAGUAGUGCUUAUUCUUCUUCUUGUUGCAAUAGUCAGAUAUUUAAGCGUUAGAAGUUGCUUGAAAAGAAAGAUUAAAAGUGAAUGAACAGAUCCAAUUCUCCACAUUCUGGUACACAAAAAUAAUAGGAUAAGUAUGAAUCAAAGCUGUAAUAUGUAGCUUUUAGGGUGAACCAACAAAAUUCACAUAGAUAUGUGUGUUAUAGAUCUGUCAUUCUCAUUGAAAGCAAGUCUAAGAUACCGUAGAUAUAUUCUAUGGCGCUAUUUCUAUGAUUCCCGUGUUUAAGUUUAGUUUUUGCGUAUUUUGCUUUAGGUUUUGUACA